CGUUCAGGGCUGUUAUAACUGCAGCGCGUUGUAAUGCUUCAUAAUAUGUGAAUGAAAAUCCCCCAGUGAUGCAGCUAUUAUUUUGAAACCAAGACUGGGAUAAAGCCAGAAAAUAUGGGGCAUUUACACGCUAUUGGACUGGUGACGUUCGAUUAUACUUGUUAAGACGCUUUAUAUGUGUUUUGUACUUGUAUUCGGUUUUUUCAUUUUGCUGAUAUGGCCUUGGAUGUUUUAUUGAUUUCUUAUGCCUCUAAAUAAUCAUAUUGACUAUUCAGUGGUCCCAAGAACAGUAUAAUUAGCUAUAAUUUCAGACGUAUUGCGAUCUAAUGCCUCAGAUAGUACAACACCGUACUGUCACAAACCCUAUAUUCCCUGCGAUAUUGUUAUACUAGAUGAAGUAUAACUGUUACAAAAACUGUUUCUGAAACUUAACGUUUCGAAUGAAAAGUUGAUAAUGACUGACCUGAGCUGUUCUUAUGGAUCGAAAGAUUAUGGCCCUUCUUGUCAUAUCGAAAGUUCACAUCAUUUGAUGCACGACGUUUUGUUGGCGCCAAAUGGCAAGCUACAUUUUGAGAUUAAUGUGAAAACGUUUACUUUCUUUAUUGCCAACUGAAUUUGAAACACAAUAGUGUCUCGACCUCUAUCUGUUGCUGCGCAUCGACCUGAGAUAAUUAUGAGCAAAGACGUCACGCUAAGGUGGAGUUCGUCUGCUAGUGCGUGGUGUUUGCUGUUUUCUUAAACGUCGAUCAAUAUGUGGGAUUUGGUUGGCGCCGUGUAGAAUUUGCAAUGCCUCAAGUUUUUCCAUCUGUUAAGAUAUGGAGUUUAAGUUUAAUCUUAUGUGCUGUUGUCACCUGUUGUUACUCAGCGGCACAUAUCGAGAAUGACGACAAUGUGCUACACAUAGGAGGAAUAUUUCCUAUUGGAGGAAAAGGUGGCUGGCAGGGUGGUCAGGCAUGUGAACCAGCUGCUAAUCUUGCCCUGGAAGAUGUAAAUGCAAGACCAGACCUACUGCCAGGAUUCACACUCAAAUUACAUUGGAAUGACAGUGAGUGUGAACCUGGCUUGGGAGCAUCAGUCAUGUACAACUUGUUGUACAAUAAUCCCCAGAAGGUGAUGCUUCUAGCUGGCUGCAGCACAGUAUGCACAACUGUUGCAGAAGCUGCAAAAAUGUGGAACCUUGUAGUACUUUGUUAUGGUGCCAGCUCACCAGCCCUAUCCGAUCGGAAUCGCUUUCCAACACUGUUUCGUACUCAUCCAUCAGCUACAGUGCAUAAUCCAACAAGAAUAAAACUCAUGGAAAAAUUUGGCUGGUCUCGUGUUGCCAUACUGCAGCAAGCAGAAGAAGUAUUUAUCUCAACUGUGGAAGACUUGGAAGCACGUUGCAAAGAGAGUAAUAUUGAAAUUGUGACUAGGCAAAGUUUCUUAAGUGACCCAGCAGAUGCUGUACGGAAUUUACGAAGGCAAGAUGCAAGAAUCAUAGUUGGUCUUUUCUAUGUUGUCGCAGCUCGGAGGGUGCUUUGUGAGAUGUAUAAGCAGAAUAUUUAUGGGAAGUCAUAUGUCUGGUUCUUUAUAGGUUGGUAUGAAGACAACUGGUUUGAAGUAAAUUUGGAAAAAGAAAAAAUAGAAUGUACUAAAGAACAAAUGAAGAUAGCUGCUGAAGGACAUUUGACAACAGAAGCACUGAUGUGGAACCAAAAUAAUCAGCGCACAAUUUCAGGCAUGACAUCAGAAGACUUCCGCCAGAGGCUUAAUGAAGCUUUGAGCUCACGCUACGACAUAGCUAACAUGCGCUAUCCUGAAGGCUACCAGGAAGCUCCUCUGGCAUAUGAUGCGGUGUGGGCUGUGGCUCUAGCUUUCAAUAAGACAAUGGAACACCUUCACCACCGUGGGAUGAGUUUAAAAAAUUUUACUUACACCAACAAAGAAAUAGCAAAUGACAUUUACUCUGCAAUCAACAGCACACAGUUCUUAGGAGUAUCUGGUUUUGUUGCAUUCAGCUCUCAAGGUGACAGAAUUGCUCUGACACAAAUAGAACAGGUGAUAGAUGGGAACUAUGUGAAGUUGGGCUACUAUGACACACAGAGUGAUAAUUUGACUUGGCUGAACAAAGAGCGUUGGAUAGGUGGGAAAGUUCCACAGGACCGUACAAUAGUUCGAAGGGUUCUCCGUACAGUUUCUUUGCCCCUUUUUAUAUGCAUGUGGACAAUAUCAUGUGUGGGCAUCAUGGCAGCGAUUGCUCUAAUUGUGUUUAAUGUUUGGUAUCGCCAUAGGAGGGUCAUUCAGUCAUCACAUCCGGUGUGUAACACAAUUAUGCUGGUUGGUGUCUGUGCUUGCCUGUGGUCAGUUUUCUUGUUAGGCCUAGAUGGACAGUUUGUGAGUCCUAAUGUGUACCCAGUAAUUUGCCAGGCUCGUGCUUGGCUGCUUUGUACAGGAUUUACACUUGCUUAUGGUGCCAUGUUUAGUAAAGUGUGGAGAGUCCAUCGUCUUACUACAAAAGCAAAGACUGAUAUUAAGAAAGUUGAACCGUGGAAACUGUACCUCAUGGUAACUGGAUUUCUACUUGUUGAUGUGGUGUUGUUACUCACGUGGCAAAUAUACGAUCCCCUUCAGAGACGAAUUGAGGUUUUUCCAUUGGAAGAUCCUGUUUCAACUGAGGAUGAUGUCAAAAUUAGACCUGAAUUAGAACACUGUGAGAGUGAAAAUAACAACAUUUGGCUUGGUGUUAUGUACGGUUACAAAGGCUUAGUCCUGGUUUUUGGACUGUUUUUGGCAUAUGAGACACGAAGCAUCAAAGUGAAACAGAUAAAUGACUCUCGUUAUGUGGGAAUGUCUAUUUACAAUGUUGUCGUGUUGUGUCUUAUUACUGCUCCUGUUACAAUGGUCAUAGCAUCACAACAAGAUGCUAGUUUUGCAUUUGUUGCUCUUGCUGUAAUAUUCUGUUGCUUCUUGAGUAUGGCUCUUAUAUUUGUGCCAAAGGUAAUAGAGGUGAUCAGACAUCCACGUGAUAAAGCAGAAUCAAAAUACAAUCCUGAUGUUGGCAUGACAAAAGAAGAUGAGGAAAAAUACCAGAAACUGGUGGCAGAAAACGAAGAAUUACAAAAGCUUAUAGCUGCUAAAGAAGAGAAAAUCAGAAUGCUGAAGCUGCGCCUCCAAGAACGAGAAGCAGCUAAAGCAGCAGCUGGAGUCAGUUUGGCACAACAGAGCUCUUCUCACCACCAGCAGCAGCAAAGUCAGCCAGAACAUCGUGCACAGCAGCAGCCCCAACAGCAUGUGGAUGACGCCCCUCCUACAGGAAUGAGCUGCGUAUAAUAUGCUAGCUCCGUGACGUCUGUGAUUCUCAACAUGCUUUUCCAACACCUGGAUUGUCAACUUACCAAGGUCUCAAACAUUCUGUUAAAAAAGUGAUAUUUUAUUUGUGGUACAGCUGAUGAAGGUUUUUUAAUUUUUUUGUCUUUCUUGAAUGCUGAUUUCUCAGCUUCUAUGUGCUCAUUCAAAAUUAUGCUCAGAUCAUAAUUGUAAUGGUCUGAACUUGAAUAGUCUUAAGGAAUAUGUGUGUGUGAUAGUGAAUAUGAAUAGAUGCUUGUGAUGUGUCAGCCCUGUGAUGAAAGGCAGUACUAAUAUAUGCCCAUAUGAGAAUGUUGUGUGUUUCCAUAUUGCUCGGAGGUUUGCAAUAUUCUGUGCCAUACUGCAUUUUUUCCCUCGAGAAGUUAUGUGGAAAUAAAAAACAAUUUUGCGACAUAUCUGAAGUAUAUGGUAUAAUAUUCAUCCAUUAAAGAAUCAAUGUGCUUGCUAGGGACAUAUAUACAGUUUAUUGUGUGUGUGUGUGUGUGUGUGUGUGUGUGUGUGUGUGUGUGUGUUUUCAAGUGCAAGCUGAAAUGUCAUAAAAUGUCCAGCAUGCCUAAAUGACAUGUCAUCAUUGAAAUAACAUAUAUUUGGUCUUUUAAACCAGUUAUCAUAUUACAAGAUAUGAGUACAUACGACAUCUGGGACAAGAUAUGAGUACAUACGACAUCUGGGACAAGAUAUAUCUUACUUCGACAAUGAUGUGUCAUUUAGGCAUGUCCGACUGUUUAUGAUGUUUCAGCUUACACCUGAGAUUGGGUAUAAAGCCGAAAUUAUUGUUGUGUGAAAUUGCUGAAUAGAAAUUUACCGUCAACUAGUGGAAACUUGUUUCAAAAGUUCCCCAUGACUGUGGUCCCCCAAGAAGUGAAAAUCAGUGGGGAAAAAGCAGUAUCAGCACUAGGUGAAACUGCUGAUUUUUAUUGUGUUGUCAGUGAAUAGGAAAUUGCAACAUUUGCUUAUAAUUUCUCUGUUAGUGUGCAUGCUGUGUUAUAAAAUUAGGAUAUUUAGUUAUAUAAGUGUCCUUUAAAGUAUUUGAAGUAGCCUCGCAAUGUGCUGCUCUGAUGUGUUGUGGGUACUUUAUCAUAGUCUGAUACUGAAGAACAUGUCAUAAGCUUAAUGUCACUGA